AUGCUGUAGUGUUACCUAUUUUGAUUGAAUGGACUGUUUGGAGUAAACUAUGGCUUCCUGGACAGUGUUUAUGCCAACAAACAGACUUUGUUUUCUAUUUCCUAGUCAAACAGAGUUGUUCUGGUAACCAAGAGGAGAUGCACAGGGAAACUUGGGCCUUUUCUUUUCCAAACCUCACAUCAAGUAAGCUGGUAUCACCCCUAGCAAAACCCAAGCAAAAAAAUUUCAAUAACCACAUUUUCUGGACCUUUUUCACAAGGCUUCCUGACUUACUGCCUCAAAGGUAACAAUUUAUUGAUAUGGUUAAUUGAGGAGAAAGACUUAAACUGCUGUUAAUUGCUACUAUCUCCUAAGCAUUAUGAAAGUACAUCCCAGAAUCACAGACUGGGGACCUUGCAGUGGUUCAAUUCCUAAUGUCAGAACAGUUCAUACAGUACAAAUCCCUACCUGCUGAAGAAACUGUGGAUGUCAGAAAACAAUGCUGAUUUUUCUUUUUCCUUGUUCACCUAAUGCUUAGCAGGUAGCAGGAGCAUUUGUGAAUGUGGACUAAAAGCUGUCUUCCUGCUGUUUAACAUGAUGUUGGUGAGACCUGCUCAGGGAAUCAUUAUCUGGUGAUUGUAAAAUAGUGCUGGUAUGUAUGUCCUAGGUUAAAAUGUUCAUGACGAAGUGGAUGCAGCAAUGGUGACGGUUUUGGGGGUCACUUUUCUAUUUUUUUUUUUGUUUUUAAGAGACCUUAGGUGUUGUGUAUUUUCCACACUAAUGUGGGAAAACAGGUGAUGAAACAUGAGGGGGAACCUAAUAGGUCUGUAAAAUUAGUAGACUUCCAAAAUUAUUUAAAUCCUUUCUGUAGCUCUCUUCAGGAAAUGGGAGCCUGUCUUAUUUAUGUCUGCCUGCCUUUGCCAAGGUUCAGCAACAGGUCACUCUGAAUUCGGGUAGGAAGCAUGAAAGCAGCUGGGGCAGAGACUCUAAGGAUGUCAGAUAAAACCCAGGAUUUCACCACUCCCUGCUCAUGUGUGGUGACUACAUGGAUGAGGAGACUCCGAAAUUAUUUAGAAAGUCCCUUUUAUCUGCGCUGCCCCAGAUCCAAGGUAAGCAGCACUUUGACCCUCCCUUAGCUCUUCCUGGGCUACUACAUUGUGUGGCACUCACUGCUUUCUCAGUGAGCUGUGCUGUCCCACCCAGUCUUUGCCACUGAUUUUAGUUUUCCUGGACCAAGAAUACUAACACAAGGUCAUCCUAUCUUAGUGCCUCAAUGGAGAGAAUUUCUUGGUAUGGCUAACUGGGGAGAAGGACUUAAAAAAACAAACCCAAAGCAAAACAAGACCCCUGUAUAAAGCUACCGUAAUAAUAAAGCUGCAUCUUCAAAUGUAAUGCCAGGAGAAAUGCAAGCAUAACCACGUGUAUUAUUAAAGAAGUCCACUAACUGUGUUUUUGUCAGCGUCCUUUUCCCCGGGCCUAAUUAAUAAUAGUUUUCAUUCCUAAUACUAGAAUUGCUAACUUCACCUGAGUUUCUGAUGUUGUCUAUAGGAUGUGGAGCUUUUAGGUGGCACUCUGUGAACUGGAUGAAAGCCAUAGGGCGAACAGCACUUUUAUGGUAGUUUAAUUUGGUUUAUUGACUCGGCAAGCAGAGCUGACUUGUUCUGUAGGUGCCCAGCUCCCGCAUCUGGCCAGAGACUGCAGCCUGGAGCGAAGACUACAGAGUAAAAUUAAACUUUGGUAGCAGCCUGCAAUUAUCUAGGCUAAAUUAAAUGCUGGUGAAAAAUCCUGCGUCUCUUAAAAUCACGGUCAUGGAAGGAGGAGAGCUGCUCCCAUUUGCCACAGCUCCGGAGCAACUGCUGAGCUGUUCUACUGUGCCCUGGGGUGACUCCUGCAGCUCCGCUUUGGGUGCUUUUUUGCGGAAGAAAUGCGGCCGUAUCCCCUUGUAUCGUACCGCGAGCAACCUUGUGUCUGGGCAGUCCUUCCAUCCUGGAGUGGUCUCCCACCCCCGCCCGCGGGUGCUCUGUGCUCAGCUCGCACAGCGCUUCUCCUGGGUCACUUUUUUCCAGCUGAAUCACGGAAUCUGCCGAGCGCAGGGCUGCGGAGCCGCCAGUCCCCGGCCGGCCCGCAGGUAUAUGUGGCUUGUCAGUCGAUGCUUAUUGUUCUUGUGGGAGCUGUGCCUGAGUAUCACAUAGACCAAGAAGGAAUUCCAGGGAGCGGAGCUGAGCUGGCCAAGCAUGUCCAUUUUGCAGACAACUUCACAUCAAUAGUAACUGAGUGGUACCUCAUCGAACAAGAAGCCUACAAAGUGAGCCUUGCAUCAUCCCUGUUUUUUGCUGGAUUGCUUAUUGGUAAUAUCACGUUUGGUCCUUUGUCAGAUAAAUUGGGCAGGAAGCCAGUGUAUAUCUCAGGUCUAUUUUUUGAUGUCGUUUUUGGGUAUGUCACAGCAUUAGCUCCAAAUUAUGACAUAUUUGCAGUUUCACGUUUUUUUGUUGGAAUUGUGAAUGGUGGAAUGGCUCUUGUGUCUUUUGUCCUGACACAAGAAUAUGUAGGAAAGUCAUUUUGGUCAUUUACAGGUUCGUUAACUAAUUUGACAUUUGCAGUUGGCAUUGCUGUUUAUGCUUUACUGGGUUACUGUGUAAGAGAAUGGCGCUAUCUUGCCUUGGUAUCGAACACUCCAGGAGUCAUCUUCCUCCUCCUUUCUUUCAUGCUCCCGGAGUCACCGCGCUGGCUGUAUUCCCAAGGGAAGACGGCAGAAGCCGAAGAUGUGUUGCAAUAUAUUGCACUUGGUAAUGGAAAAGAGAGAUUGAAUCUAAAAUUAAAACCGAGUGUGGGAACUUUGAGAAAGGAUGAGUCGGCACCUGGUAUCCUGAACUUAGUAAAACACUCAGUCCUUCGGUGGCGAACCAUCGUAUUGAUGUACAUCUGGUAUGUCUGCAGCUUUGUAUACUAUGGACUAACUUUAAAUGCUGGUGAAUUAAGAGGAAAUCUGUAUUUAAAUGUGGCACUUUCUGGUCUUGUAGAAGUUCCAGCAUUUCCUCUCUGCAUGUUUUUUAUUGAGAAAUCCUGGUCUGGAAGACGUAAAACUAUGACGUGUUUUCUGAUGUUUGCAGGAUUUUCCUGUAUAUUUACUAUGUUUUUACCAACAAAUGCUGGUCUGCUCCUCAGUCCCACUUCGUUGGCUUUGUGUGGAAAAAUGAUGGUCAGCGCCGCCUUCAACAUUGUGUAUAUUUACACAUCUGAACUAUAUCCAACAGUACUGAGAAACGCUGGCUUGGGCGUCUGUUCCAUGUCUUGCAGAUUUGGGGGCAUUUUGGCUCCAUUUGUGCCAUCUAUGUCCUUCUGUGCCGUUCGUGGUGUUUGCAAUCAGUGGACUGUCAGCGGGAUUCCUGACCCUCCUCCUGCCAGAAACACUCAAUAAGCCAAUUGCCGAGAGCAUUGAAGAUCUCCAGAGUACCAAAUACCAGCUGCUUAAAAAUGAAGAAGCAGAGUAAUUGAUAUUUUUUACUGUCACUUUUGCAUUAUUUUCCCUCUAUCUUAUGCGAGCUGUGAUUUUAGUGCAUGUUGUUUAGAUUGUGCGCCAACGAACAUGUGCGUGAAGUUUUUAAAGUCAUCUUUCUCUUGCAUUCAGUGGAGGUUACAUUUAUUCUUUUAUUGGCUCUCAAAGAUGACAAUGAUAGCAGGUUGCACCUGUAUGUAUUAAAUUACAUGUAAAAGAAUACUAUUUUGUUUCACUAAAAGGAAACAAAUUUUAGAAAGACAAUCUAAAGUAGUCAGCAACAUCCCUGUGCUUUUACAGUAAACCAGCUAGGCAUGUUUAUCAUAUAUUGCAUUGUGCUUUUCCUCAUGUUUUGUAGGGGAACGUAAUCUAAAAUUAAUACAUAUCUGAGGAACUGUUUUGUCUUUCAGUAGUCAGUAGUGUCAUUUGAAACGUGUUCCUGUUGUUGAUAUUCACUAAGUAAAACCUUUGAAGUUGGAAAUGAAAGUUCUGGUUGUUUCAACAGGUAAUAAACUAGAAAAUGUCAAGUAUAUCCCCUAAUUGGGGAAUGACUUCCCAGAAGAAUUAGUUUUAAAAGACGAGAAGAAAAAGAAUGCCUAUAAGAAAGGAAUCGGUCGCUUAGCACUAAACAGACUUAGUGUAGAUAUAAGAGAAUGUACGUUUUUCUUGAUAUGCUAGUUUGUUAAUUAUUUGAUAAUCAUUGUACUUAAUGGAUUUAAUCGUACUAAACACACUAUUAUGCUUUGUUUUUAUGCCUAAUACAUCGUAAUACUGCAUUCAGUUGGAAUGGAAAAAAAAUUGAGCUUUUCAAAUAACAUUUCACUUCUAAUAUUUAAAAAAAAACCAACCAAUUCUGGUUUUCAGGUUUAAUAUUAGCCUAUGGAAUAAGACAAGGAAAAUAAGACACAUAAACUGUUUUUCAAGCAUCAUUUUUCUGUCUGACAGGCAAACCGGUUAGAAGAAAACACAAAAUUCCAGAAGGCCUGUCUGUGGUGGAAGAUGAAGCCGCCAUUGAGAAGGUGCUGUAGCAGUUGAAGGGCAGAGUCGUGCUCUGUACAUGCGACUGGGAAUAUUGGAGACUCAUGGAAGCAAAUUGAGAAGAUGGAAGAACUUGAUCAAAGCUUGUGAGAAAAGGGGCGACAAAUCCGUGCAUUAAUUCAGUGACUUAACAAAAGCACACUUCGGACCUCUGGACUUCUCUACGGCUUCUUAAAAUGAAGUAUUAAUUUAUUUUACAAAAUGUAAUUUCUAGCUUCAGAUUAAGCUAUAAUAUUGUAAUUGAAGUGAUGUGUGUAAUUUAAAAUUUAGAUGGCCUUAUAUAUUCAGGCAAGCUGUAAUCGUGUAAUGUAACAGCAUACUGUAUAUGCUAAUUUUCUCUACAGGGUUUUUUUGCCUCUGAAUUACAGUAUACCUCACAGUGUGAAGAGACCAAAGAUUUUUAUGGGUUGUUGGCCUUAGUAUGUGUAGCAUAAGAAACCUGAACAGGAGAUCUGAAAGGAGUAGAAAUGGGUUUUACUGUGGGAGUAAGUAAUUUUUUUACUGCAGUUGUACAUGAAAAGAUACAUGAAGUUAAAAAUAAUACUAUAUUGGAAAAAUAUUGGGCCUUUAAAAGGUGCUUUUAAAAGAGAGGGUGAGUAACCUCUUAGAUAAAGUUCUAGCUGUAGAUGUGGAACUAGAAAUUACUGAACCUGAGUCAUAUUGUAUAAUAUAUGUAAUAAUAUGUAAUCCAAUACAUUUCAUAUAUGAAUUGGAUAUUCUUCCAUUGGGGAGGUUUGUUUGGUUAACAGUAAAUAUAAUUUCAAUGGAAUAAAUGCACCACAAAUGUUACCGUUUUUUGAUGGCCAACACAAUUUUGUUAUUAAAAAGAAAAUUAUUGAA